CAGAUCUCCUCACCUUAAGACCGAAGCUCCUCGGCACGCAAUGGCAGCAGUUAAGACAUUGAAAAAAGCAUUACGGAAAGAACUUGCUGGACGGCUCAAAUUAGUGACCAGCGAGGUUACUCAAAAAGAAUCAAAAAUUGUCACAGAAAAGCUACUGGGCUCGAAUGAAUAUCGAAACAGUAAGAGUGUCAGUGUGUACAUAUCCAUGGACGGAGAAAUCAAUACACGAGAGGUCAUCCGCAACAUUUUUGAUACACAAAAAGCUUGCUAUGUACCGCGGUUCAUGGGAUCAGCAACCAUGACAAUGGUGAAACUCAAUUCUUGGGAGGACUUUCUGAGUCUACCAGUCAAUAAUUGGAACAUCCCUGAACCUCCAGCGGACCAGGUCCGAGAAGACGCUUUGGAUAAACAGGGUCUGGACUUGAUCAUUGUUCCGGGAGUAGGCUUUGAUGUCGCAGGAAAUAGAAUAGGCCACGGCAGAGGGUACUAUGACCGGUACAUGCAACAAUGUGAAGAGUGGGCGGCAAACAACAACCGACAGCCACCCAAGACAGUUGCACUUGCGCUUCGAGAGCAGAUAGUGGAGGUUGGCCGAAUUCCACUGGAACCAACUGACCGCAAACCAGAUGUUAUAUUAACACCUGAUGAAGAGAUUCGAGCCAAAUAAAUCACAGGAAAAUUUCAAUUCAACUAAUUCGUAUUUUAAUGGGGGAUGGGGAUCAGGAAAUACUAUGUUAUUUUUUGCAAUGGAAGCGAUACUGUAUCUGAGUCAAUUCAAUUUUUUUCUGGUGGGGGUUUUCUUUUUAGGUCGAUCGACAUUCGUUCGGAAUGAAGCGUGGAGCCGUUCCAAUCUCCAACAUUAAAACGCACUAAUCGGCUGUCACUAUCUAUUGCCUUCUGUUAUAUUUUUUGUAUCGGUUUUGGCUGAAAUUAGAAAGAUCCCGAUGAGACCUAAUAAAAGAAAAG